AUGAAAUUUGCACACAUUACUAUACUUUCUCUUCUUCUCCUGGCUGUUGUUUAUACUACUGCCAACCCAAUUCACGAGGAUCUGCCUACUACUUCGCUAACCUUUGGAUCACACAAACCACGAGACAAACAACCACGGGCAAAGAUAGUGGACCAUAUACCUGCUACCGAAAUUCUGCCUUUACCAGUCUCUGUUGAAACAGUCGAUGGCGCGCCUAAUAGCUACCUUGUAAAAAGUUCGUUGUAUUCCACCGGAUAUGAAAAUUAUGGUAAUUUUGCGACCAAACUUACAUGCGAAGACGGUGUAAACGUUAAGUCAAUUAAUCCGAAGUUUAAGAAAAACGAAAGUGACUCCCUUAGAAGCGACUUUAAAUUGGUUGUUCCUUCAACCAAGAAGAUAGUGACUUGUGUUAGACAUGUGGUUGAAGGAGAUGCUACUAUGAUUAUUUCUUUUAGUUUUAAUCCUGUACACGACUCUGACUAA